GGCGGGAGCGCGGCCCACGCGUGCCCGCGGCCCCCCCCGCCGGGCCCGGGGGCUCCCCCGUUCUGUCCGUGCCCUCGCCGCCCUCCCGGCUUUGUGGCCGGGCUUGUCUCUAGGAGCCGAGCUCGGUGUUUCCUCCCCGCCGCGCUUGUCCCCCGUGUGGUGAGGCCUGGGCCCGCCCCGCCGGUGCCCGCGCUGCCGCUCCUCCCGCCUGGGGAGGCCUCCGGAGGCGCCGAUGGAGCAGGCGCUGCGGGCCGGUGCCCGGCGGGCCGCGGGGCUGCCCCCCGCUCGCUGCGGGCGCUGGUGGCGGGGGCUGAAGCACCGCUCCGCGCCCCGCGCUCCGCCCGCCGCCGAGGGCGCUGGGGAAAGGCCGCCCCGCGCCGGGGGUGACCGGCAGCUCCCCGGGCCGGCCCUGCGGGAGGCUCCUCAGGCCGGGCCCGACUCCCGUACCCCCCGGGGGGGCCUGGCUCUACAGAGCCGGCCACCGUCCUGGCAGAAGGGAUGGGAGAGGCGGGCCGGGCAGGCUGCGCCGGCCGGGAGGGAGUCUUGGAGCUUGCGAGAGGGUGACUGCUCGAAGGCAAGGGAGAGGCUGGAACGAAAGCCUCUGUGCAUCGAAAGGACUAAAGGCUCAGAGAUCUUAUUUGGGAUCGCGCCGUGCUCCCUGGCCCUCUCUCAGUCGAGAAGGGACGUGUUCAGGUUGUUCCUGAAGCAGAGUAGUGGCUCGCAGCGGCUCGUUAUGAGUGAGUUUGUCCUUCAGGCCACGGCCCGGGGAGUCCCAGUGCACCACGUCAAGAGGAGGGAGCUGGAUGCUCUCUGCAGAGGUCAGGUCCACCAGGGUGUUUGUUUGGAGGCCACCCCUCUCCGUUUCAAGAGUUUGGAGGAAGCUGAAAAGCCUGAUCUGACGGAUGAAGAGAGUCCAAACCGACAGCUGAUUUGGCUGGUGUUGGAGCAGAUCCAGGAUCCCAUGAACCUGGGGGCACUGCUGCGCUCUGCAUACUUCUUGGGGGUGGACAGAGUGGUGACAAGCCAGAAGAACAGCUGCCCCUUGACUCCAACAGUGAGCAAAGCCAGCUCUGGAGCUAUGGAAGUCUUUGAUGUCUACAGCACAGAUGAUCUCCGGAGCUUUUUGAAAGCUAAAACUGCAGAAGGCUGGGAGGUGGUGGGAACAGUCAGCAGGCCUGAGGAAGUGGAAAAUGUUCCUGUCAUCAGCUGCUUGGAAUUUCAAUGGAAUAAACCCAUUAUUAUAGUAAUAGCUUCUGGAAACAUUCCCAGUCCCUGGCCUGUUCAUCAGGAUUGUUAUAUUUCUGCUGCUGAAAAGAGGGAAGUACCUUUUUCUCUUACUAUUUAUUAGCAUGUACCAUAGUGUGAGGGACUGUGCCGGGGAGGGGAACCCCACUGUGAGCAGCACUGGGUAAACACAACAGGAAUGACAGUGACAGUCCUCAUCACAGAGUGUUAGCAAUUCAAACAGCCAUGUCAGUCAAAGAAUUUGAAAGAAGGGAGGUAGCACAACAAAAAGGAAGAAUGUGACAGUUUGCAAACACUGAGUGAGUUGCAUAAUUUUUUCAUAGGUGUGUUCAUUCUUUAAGUAUCUUUUGAAGGAAAUGCAAAUUAAUUUUAUCCUGGACAAAUCUACGUGCAAGUUAGGUCUGUUGGAGCUUUAUGUUAGACAUGUAGGAAUUUUUUUCUCUUGUAGGAAGAGAUAACCACAGGGCGUUUUGAAAAUUUGAGGAAAUUAUCCCAAGCCUUUUGCCUAAGGGCAUAGGGGAUAUAUAAUUGAGCCUUAGGGAAGGGCACCCUUUUGCUUUUCUAUAAUAAUAAAGAGAAGAAAGUAGUGAAAGAGAAGCAGUAGAGCAAAAGGAAAACCAAAAACCUCACUAAACAAAACCUGAUGAUUUUGUAAGGUAAAAUUUUGGGGUAGUUGGAAUGUAUUGAUGUUUCCUGAAAUACCUGAUUUAAUCCUUCCACAUUGCAAAGGUAACAUCAAACUUAAAUUUAGGAAAUUAGGCUAAACAUUUCCUAUUACCCUGAAAUUUUGCCUUAGAGAAACGGUAACACAGAGGAAUUUCCUUGGGCAAGAAAUGAGUAAAGGAUGAUGCAGAAUUUAGUUAAACUGAUGAAUUUUGGGGCAGGACAACAAAGAAACUCAUACACAAAGAUUACUUCUGCUUCCAGUCAUCUUAGGAGUUCAGUCACUGACGUCAGGAAUGAAUUAAUGGUCUGGUUUUCAGACUUUUGCUCCCUUUGGAGAGGUCUUGCCAAUGCUUUUUGUUCCUGUUAGAUUUGCCUGUGAUUCUUCAAUGUUACUAGUGGAAAUAAUUUCCUCUGUGGAGAAGCAGCUGCCUCUUCCCUGCUGCUUGGUCUCUGCUGUGGAUUGCUCCAUCAUAUAUCCUGUCUUCCCUCAGUCCUGGUGGGCAGCACCAAGGGCUGUGCUCGCAGAGUGUUUUUCAGUCUUUUGCCCAGUUAUCCAGGCACAAAAUGCCCAUCCUAAGCUAACUGUGAAGGAUGGUUUUGUCCUGGUGAAAACACUCUCUGAGGUCUCACCUCUGCCAUGGUGCCUCCAAAGUACUAACCCACUAAUUAUGGGAGAGGAAGGCUUGGAUUUGUAUUACACAUGAUGUUAAGAGCAGAAAGGGAGAUCCCAAGACCGAGACCCCCAGGUGCUAGUCCCAUUGCUUUGCUGUGCCACUUGACCCCUUCCCUGUUCUCUCUGGUUCCCUGGGGAGACCUGCUUGCCCCACUGGCAGCUGGCAUUCCCUCAGUGAAGGACUCUCCAAGGCAUCUUUGAAAACCCAAACCUAAACAUGAGUGUGUCAAACUUUAUAAAGUGUGACUGCAAAGAAAAAGUAAUUCCUAUCUGUAACAGAUGAUAAAGCCCUCAGCCAGCAGCCACUAGGGCAGAGUAAAACGGUUAUUUUAGCCAUGUCAUCUCUCACAACUGCUUGUCCUCCAUCUCCAUGGAGGGAUGGCUGGCAGCCUGCAGCCCUGCUGAUUUAAGCUCACCAGCCUCCCGUGUUGGCUCUUCUGCUGAAGUGCCUGAGCUGCCUCACAGGACCUGGCGAUAAACUGCACAGCCCAAGGAAGAUGUUGCCUGUUUCCUAAAGGACAGGAUGAAAUCACCCCAUGUAUGUCCUCUAUCUAUUGCCUCUCUGGGCAGGGAAAACAUAAAUGCCUUUCUCACCGUUUUAUUUAUUGGCUUUUCUCCCUUUCCUGGGAAAAGCCUUUUUUUGGUUGUUGUUGUUUUUUAGUACUUUAGUGUGUGUGUGAGUCUGUGUGGGGUAGGCGUGUGUGUGUGUUUAGGAGGUUAAAAAAAAUUUCUUGCUGUCAGCAAGUGAUGUUACAAACCUGCUCUGACAAGGCUGGUUGUAUAUUUACAGUUGGUGAGAGCGAAGGCUUCAUCAAUCUUCACGCUUUGAAAGGGACAGGCCUGCUCCCAUGAGCACCUGCUCCGGGAGAACAGCUGAACUGUGACUUUCCAGGGAGCUAGCUGUAAAUUUUAGCCAUUCCCCCCACAGCCCACGCAUGCUUGAGCUCUUUAACCUUCCCAGGCUGGCAGGAGUCCCAGCAAUCAGUUUAGUGCAAAGACUGGGGUUCUUUUUAAUUAACCUUUUGUUUCCCACUGCAGGUGUUUCAAAGUUUCUUCAUGUUAAAAAGGAAGAGGAAAAAAAAAAAAUGUUUGCAGAGGUGCAUCCCCUUUCUUUCCCUUUUUCUAUGCUUGGUGAUCAAAUGGGACCGGUCUUUCUCGAGUUUCCCUUCCCCAUUUGCCUUCUGGAUGCAUCUGCUGGGAAUCUGCAGCACGGGUUCCCUUCAGGCGUCUGCAGGAAGUAUUCCUACGAGUGCACUUUAGUUUCGUCUGCAAGGUCACGUUUCCUUCCUUUGUGAGGCACCUGCUUUUCCAUCCCACUCCAGGCAAGUUUCUUCAGACACUUGACUCCCUCGGUGUGUUGAUGUUCUGUUUAAUUGGUUUGGCCUCUCACCCCCAGCCCGCUCGGCCAGGGGAAGUUUGAUUAUAGACUCACUGAAUGCUUCUGCAGCCUCCAGUCUUCCCAGUGUGCUUGCUCAGUGUUAAAAAAACCUCAGAAGUUUAAGAAACCUAAACAAACCACAAAGCAACAACAAAAAAAACCCCAUUCACAGAACUCCAAACACGAUACCCUGCAUUAACCAUCUUUAACAGCACACUGGACAAGGCCAGUGAGGAGACAGAGUUUAGAAAAUGUAGUAGAAACACAUGAAGAGAGAGGAUUUAGAUGGAUCAUGCCUGGGAGGUGGGGCAGCAUUUUUAUGUGUAAAAGCAUUUGGUUUACUUCAGGUAGGCUGCCCUGUUAAUAAAAUAAAGCUGGAACACUUUGGGAGGGAAAUAUUCCUGCAUUGUAGGAAAAGGGAAGUAUUAUCCUCUUUGAUCAAUAAAAUUAUUAGUAGAGCAAGAACCUGUUGUAUCUUUAAGAAAAUUCGUAUGUGGAAAUUUAUUACAAGGGGAAAAAAAUACAUUUAAGCCCUGCUUAAAACAAUAAAAUAUAUCUUUAAGGGAAAGUUUUCAGACUUUUCCAUAUAAGAGGAAUAAUGGUUUCUGUAAUUUAAUAGAUGCUAAAUUUGGUGAGGACUGCCAGCAGAUCCAUUUCUCAUAAUGAUAUUUUAUCUCCCUUGAAAUGGUCAUUUUCAUGAAUGUCUUUUUAUUGUUUCCCUUGUCCCACGAAGUGUCCAAGGUGGUGCUGCCCACCCUCAGAAGCUGAGCACACAGAGGCAGGAAUGACUAGAGGAACCUAUUAAUAAUGGUGACACACAAAAUGGGCAGGAACUGCAUGACAGUUAAAUGUGCUCCCUAUAAAUAAAGAGCAUUUCUACUUUGACCCUCAGGGCUGUGGCUUUUUAGCACUUACUUUUGUAGGAGUUAAGGUGGUCACAGCUAUUAAAAUCAGAGAUGAGCUAAGAAGAAAUUCAGGUGAGAACAGCAGGAAAAAAAGAGGGUUUCCAAAGAACAUCUCACUGAAAGUUUCAGCUAAGAAAAAAAUCUGAAAUCGUCCUUGACCGAGGGAUUUUGUUUAUAUAGGCAAGGGUAAAAGGAGUGAUUUAUUCUCUUAGGUAUCUUAAUGACAGAUUCACAGAGCCAAACCUUUUCCUCAUGUAGCUCUACUGAGAUGGACAGGAGCAUUAAUUAUGAAGGUUCACAGAUUUUUGGAGCCCACAU